UCCAGACACUAAGACUACGGUGAUUCAACUAAUAAUGAUCGAGGACGACAUCUCCGAGACUGGGAGUUAAGAAACGAUCAAAGGAUCAAUCAUGAUGAUGACCAAAUCCCUCUUGGCGAUCCCACUGCUCUGCACAUUUAUUGCGUUGGCUUACGGUGCAGAGCAGCCGGCAAGAAUAGUUUGUUACUUCAGUAAUUGGGCGAUUUACCGUCCUGGACUGGGCAGUUAUGGAAUUAAAGAUGUUCGUGGAGAUCUCUGUACUCACGUUAUCUACUCAUUCAUUGGUGUGAGCAAUGUCACGUGGGAGUACCUUGUACUGGAUCCAGAAUUGGAUGUUCAGAAGGGUGGAUUCAGUGAGUUCACUAAUUUAAAGAAGAAAUUCCCGGGAUUGAAGACGGCGGUGGCUGUUGGUGGAUGGGGAGAGGGUGGAAGAAAAUACAGUGCACUUGUUGGUGACAAGCAGAGGAGGGAUACAUUCAUAAAGAGUGUUGUAGCUUUCAUGCACGAAUAUGGAUUUGACGGAUUUGACCUCGAUUGGGAGUAUCCUGGUGCAACCGACAGGGGCGGUAAAUACUCAGAUAGAAACAACUUCUUCUACUUCGUUGAGGAGCUGCGACGUGCCUUUGACAGAGAGCAGAAGGGGUGGGAGAUUACUAUGGCUGUGCCAGUGGCCAAGUUCCGUCUCAAUGAGGGCUACCACGUGCCCGAUCUCUGCCAGAAUGUCGAUGCUAUUCAUGUAAUGGCGUAUGAUUUAAGAGGCAACUGGGCUGGAUUUGCCGAUGUGCACAGUCCUCUUUAUAGGAGGCCGCAUGAUCAAUAUGCAUAUGAGGCUCUCAAUGUAAACGAUGGACUCAAACUCUGGGAAGAUUUUGGAUGCCCAGCCAACAAACUCGUCGUGGGAGUUCCAUUCUACGGACGAACAUUUACCCUUAGUGCUAGUAAUAACAAUUAUAAUCUAGGUACUUAUAUAAACAAAGAGGCUGGUGGUGGUGCACCUGGAGAGUUCACGGGAGCUAAGGGAUUCCUUGCAUAUUAUGAGAUUUGUGCUGCCGUCAAUGAUCCGGACAGUGGAUGGACCAGAAAAUAUGAUGACCUUGGAAAAGUACCGUAUGCCUACAAAGGUACUCAAUGGGUUGGAUACGAAGAUCCUGACAGCCUCCAAAUAAAAAUGGACUGGAUAAAGUCGAAGGGCUACGCAGGAGCGAUGAGCUGGGCCAUAGACAUGGACGACUUCCACGGAAUGUGCGGAGAGAACGACAUUCUCACCAAAGUUCUCCAUCAGAAUAUGAACAAUUACAGAGUACCAGAGCCGAAACCGAACACCAAGCCAAGGCCUGAGUGGGACAGACCCCCAAGUACGACUCCAAGCUCCCAGGAUAGUAGGCCCACGCCUCCUAAGAAAGAGACUGAAGAGACAACUAGGCCCAGCUAUUAUCCAAAACCUCAACCUACUCGACCAGCUCGACCUGUAAACCGACCCGUAACUCCUGAUAUUGAUGAGAGUGAUAACGAGAUCCAGUGCAGUGGACAGGACUUCAUGGCCGGAAGAGACUGUGCCUCGUAUUAUCGUUGUGUCUACGGGAAACCACUGAAAUUCCAGUGCGCAUCCGGUCUCAUCUUCAACCCUGACAAGCUCGUCUGUGACUGGCCAGCGAAUGUUGACCGCACGCAAUGCCACCAAUCACAUUAUUACUGAUUAAUAAUAAAGCAAGCUAAGAGAAAUAAAAUACAGACACAGACUCAAAAUACUGUCAUUAGACUGAUAAGAGAAUCAAAUAAAAUAGUAAUUCAUUGUC